AUGCCAGUAGAGGGCAGUUGGAAGGACGACAAUAACGAUAUUAAUGACCUGUCUAUAAUAGCUAAAAACUUUAAACGCGAAGGAUCUCGUAUCAGAUGGGUUACGUACCAAGGCAUUCCGGCGACCGAAAAUUUCGUGCUUCUGAACCAGUCCAGCAAGAGUUAUCGCAAGACGGCCCCAUUAACGAGCGCGGAGCAGCCUUUCAUGUCGUUCUCUGAGCGUGAGCUCGGUAUCUUGUUUUGGCAAAAUGCUGCGCUUAAGGAAAAACUUCAGGAACUGGUGCUGGUGGACUUCGAGGACAAGAGUAUCAUUCCCUCUAAGAACGAUCUAAGCAUGUGGCUUCAGGGAAAGAUUCCUGGAUUCCUUAUAAUAGAGAUGCUUUCGAACAUCGGCAGAAAUGAGCCAUGCAAAGGACCGAGAGAUUUCAAGGAUUCGACGCCCGAUGUCGCCGACCUUUGGAGAUAUGUGCCCGAUCAAAUCAAGACCUUGGGUAUAGAUAUCGGCCAAGCCUGUGUACUCGGAACGAGCGCGUUGCUACCAAAGAACGAUGAUCCCGGCAGUAUGACAACGGCGUCUGGAAGCAAGGAUGCUGAUCGACAUGAGCAGCUCUUACGAGGGUAUAACUCCAACUUCCGUUCCUGCAACUUAUUACAACUUCGUAGUGAAGCAGAAGACUGUAUACCAGCCCACAUUCAAGCACACAAGAUGGAUGAAGAGCAAAAAAGCAUCGUCCCAGGCGAUGGAGUAAAAUCCAUCAGCGACAUCGAGACCAAACUGCCACCACUGCGCAGCGAGGGCGCCAGCUUUGCGAGCCAUGUUACGGAGCUCGGGAUAAUAAAGGGUCAACUCAAUGAGUUUUACAACGGCGACAACCGUUUCAUGAAGCACAAGUGGGAUGCAAAAGGGCCAGAGAUGCGGAGUACAAACUCAUAA